AUGCUGGUCAACGUUCGCAACAACUCCUCCAAUUCGACAACAUCUUCAGCCCACAAGACACCGUCGCCAGAGACAGUAUCGGCAGGAGAAAUACUCUCUUGGUGUGAUUAUCUCUCCAUUCGUGGCAAGAAGCGUCGUUGGGAAAUGGCGACGACCAUCCCGAUUACCGUAACGGCUGGAGCGGCUGGGGCAGCCUAUUUCGGUGUCAAUAUGCCUCAAUUCAUGGGAUUAGAUCCGCUAGUGAUGGCUAUCCUGGGAAUUUUGGGCACGUCGGGUUUAGGUUAUCUUGUUGGACCAAUCAUUGGCUCACAGAUAUGGCGACUGACUCAUCGUAAACUGCUACCCCUCAUUGAAGACAAAGAGCGUGAAUUCCACAAGCAUAUCAAGCGGAACCGUGUAGACCCGUCGACCCAAAGCACAAGCAAUCCUGUUCCAGACUUUUACGGGGAGAAAAUUGGAUCUAUGAAGGACUACCGCCAAUGGCUGCGAGACCAGGCUCGUUACAGACGAAAGGCUAGCUGGGGCGCUGCGACAAAGUAG